AUGCACAGCGCGACUGAUCUGGCGCAGUCCACCGAACAGCAACUACGGAUUACCAUCGCUUUCAUGGCCUUGGCCUGGUUCUUCAUCUUACUGAGGAUAUGGACUCGCACCUACGUCAUCUCGAACUUUGGCUGGGACGAUAGUAUUAUGAUCCUUGCAGGGAUGACAUUCACUGUUUACUGUGCAUCGACUCUAUAUAUCGAAUCUAAUGGCGGAGGCACCCAUGUCACCGGCUUGGACCAGUUGCAGUCGUUGACAAAGUGGGUCGUUGUCAGCGAAGCUACUUACAUCAUCACCGUCAUGAUAGUCAAGAUAUCUCUCGCAAUAUUCUUCCUCCGCAUCAUGGUCAAGCGUUGUCACUUCAUCCUCGUCUACGUUACUGUUGGCGUCAACAUCAUCUCAUCGGCAUCUGCCUUCUUCUACUGCUUCUUCAGAUGUGGGCCCAGUCUGGAAAAGUACGCAAUGAACCAGCUCAUAAAUGAAUGCGCGUCGCGGGACCUUGACUUGUUCAUGGCCUAUCAGCAAGCCGCUUUCAGUACUUUCACAGACGUUGUCUUCUUGUUACUACCCGUCCCCAUUCUCUGGUAUGCCAAUAUGGACAAGAGGUCCAAGUUCUCUGUCGGCUUUAUUCUAUGCUUAGCAGCUCUCGGCUGCAUCUGUUCCGGGAUCCGCUUCCGCUACAUAGACGGCCUGACUCAGACCGACGACUUCUUCUGGAACAUCGUCAACAUCUCCAUAUGGAGUACCAUCGAAGCCGGCGCAUGUAUCGUCGCCGGCUGUCUCGCAACCCUGCGACCACUCAUGAAACUAGCACUUCGUCAAGCAGUCGAAUCGAGUGCCGUCUCCCACAUAUCAAGAAGUCUACGAUCAAGCCACCGAUCGAACAACGAACAUUCAAAAGUACAAUCUGUGUCGCGGCGAUCGCGACGAGAUGUUGCACUUUCCGAGAUCGAUCAAAGCUACUUUAGCAGUGAGCGCAAGGCUUCCCUGCCAAACCUGGUCACUAAGCCUUCGUAUACCGAGUACGUAGUGCGACCGGACAGUGCGGUCACCCCUUUCACAUCAGACAUUGGACUUAGAGGGCGGACGAGCACCGACCCCAUUCUGGGUCGAACCGAGUCUGGUGCUACCGACAUGCCUCUGUGGGAGAAGGAAAAGGAGAAGGAGAAGGAGAACCAGUCGCGACAGCCUGUGCGUGUCAGCUGGGGAUUUCACCGGAGACAUACGAGUGAGGAGAGUGUACCUGCAAGACCUAAGUCAACACCCAUACUUCAGGCUCCGUACAAGGAAGCGGAUGAUGCUGUGUGA